CACCGACAAAUCAGCCAUUCUUUCCCUGCGUUGGGUCUCAACAGUUACGUUUUUGAGGCGACGUACAUCUUUUGUAACAAUUCUACCGAAGUGGAAGCAUGUUGUUGUUUUUUGUGAUGAGUGCUGUUUUAUGCCAUCAUAUUUCUCAAGCAAAUCAUCAAUAUUUUGUUGGAAGUGAUUCCAAAGACGCCUACCCAGCAUGCAGCAUCUCCGACUGCUUAGCGUACAUCAACUUUCGAGAGACGUUACACUUGACGUAUUUUCAAAAGCAACAAGUCAACUACCGGCGUAACUAUCUCCGCAGCGUGCACAGCCGGCUGACGAGCGCCGGGGCAGGAGCGCGUAGGCACGGUCAAAGGGUCAUCGAAAUCACGCUAGAACAACAGGCGAAAAUCCUGGCGAUGUAUGGUAAUUAUUUCACGAAGAGGGGUGAUCUGCCUGUCCAGAACUCAGUUCAGAAGCGAGAUGUCGACAUCUGUCCCCGGGUACAAUCUUGGGAUGAUCUUAUACUGAGGCUAACAAACGACGAUGAGCUCAUACAAGUCGUACAAUUUGACAAUGAUGACAGGCAAUGGAUCCUGGAGGAGUCUUGCUCCCAGUCCACCUGUAGCUUCGUUCCGCAGUGCGCCUGCGGCACAUGGACCCGUCUGGUGAGGGCGCUCGUCGUCAACUUCGAUGAGACGAUCAUCGAAGAGAAAUACAUCAAGGUUUAUUGUUGCAUCGCAAAGAAAAUAUCAGUUUAGAAGUGAGAAAUAUUUUGGAAUGUGAAGCGUCUGCAGAGUAGAAUUCAUCAAUUAGGGAUGGCAAAUGCAUUUCUGUUGAUAAUUAAUAAGUACCAACUUCUAAUUUGAAAGAAAGCUCUUAGUACAUCCAUUACUAACAAUACUGAGACUUUAAAGGGGCAUUACGGCAAGAACUCACCGAAAUUAUCAUUUUUUGGAUUGUUUACUUAUCCUGUUUUAAAGGU